AAGAAUAACAUGUGAAUAACCUCUUAUUUACUUUGUCCGAUUAUUUAAAAAUAUAAUUAAAUUUCUUUAUAUUGUAAUGUAAUAACAGUAGAUCAAAACAAUCAUGAAAUAUAAUGAUAAUAAUGUUUUGCUUUUGUGUAACUUCGAUGAACAACAUUUAAAAGAUAACAAAGAUGAUAAAUUUCUACAGAACAUAUGGUCUGGAAUGUGGUCAAUGGAUGAAAAUGAUCCGUGUAAAACCUUAUUGGACACUAAACUUGAGAUAGAAUCACUUGCAAAUUACAUUAAGACAUUAAAGAAUGAAAACAGAACUUUGAAACCUAUCCUACAUGUAGCUAUCAAAGCAUUUUUGAUAUAUUGCAAUCACAAUUAUAAUCCACAUCCAGAUAAAUUAAGUUUGGACGAGUACUUAGGAACAAUUUGGCCUAAAGAUGUUGAUGCUGCACUGAACCUUCAAAGAGACUCAGAACCAUUGUAUGUGAAUAUUUUAUACCCAGAACUUCUAUAUUUAUCUGCACAAGUAUUAAAGGCCCUUUGUUUAGUAGAGGAAAAUCUGCUACACCUCUGGUGGUAUUUCAGAGUGAAAGUAGCUCACCAGAGAGCGUUGGAAGACACAAGUGCCACACUGUAUGCAGAAUUAGAACUUACUAUGGCAAAAUUGACAAAUGAGAUACCAAAUCUGGAGGAGAAACCAAGGUUACAAAUUUUGCUGUGUCUGGAAAUUGGACAGGGAUUUCUGAUAUAUGCGAGGAUACAUAAAGUUGAUGAGUACUUGACGAAGGCACAAACUUUAGCUGGGUUGAAGCUGGAACUUACAGGUAUCUUAGGUAAAAGAACCAAGUUUCAACAGCAAUCACUACCACAGUUGGCAUUAUUUAGUGAACUGGACUUGAAAGUGGAUCGUCCAACAGCAGAAGAAAGCCAUGGUACAUCAGAGCUACCACCUGAGAUUGAACUGCAAGAUGAUGUACGGCUAAACAAGAUUAAUUACAGUGAGAAGAUUAAUCAAGCUGUGCUACCCAGUUUGGAGCAAAUUUUGUGUUUGUUGACUGUACAAUACAUACAAAAGUCGCAGCCCAAAGACGAUUUGAUGAUGGAGGAACUGCAACCGUACAUCGAAGCUGUGCUGUCACAGAAAAGUGGCGCGUGGCCGACGCGGGUGGCCGCUCUGCUAAUCAGGUGCAAGCUGGAGUCAGGACAUAAGCGUACAGUCGAACGCGCUAUGUUACAAUGCGAGACCAUUGUCAAUGAUACCACAGGUAUCGCGUCUACCAGCAGAUUAUCAUAUCUUUGGGCGAGUGGGCUACAGCCUGCUUGGACCUGGAGGCAACAAUUGGCAGAUCUGUAUGUAAGCUUGGGACUGGUGAAAGCUGCUCUUGAGGAAUACCAGAAACUACAGCUAUGGGAAGAUGUCAUUGUUUGCUAUACCAUAUUACAACUCAGACAUAAGGCAGCGGAAGUCAUACAAAAGCAAAUUGAUACAAAACCCACAGUGAAAUUGUACUGCUUGCUUGGCGAUGCAACAGAUGAUGUAUCCUACUAUGAGAAAGCAUGGGAGUUCUCUGAUCACAAGAGCAGUAGAGCGCAGCGUCAUUGGGGCAACUAUCUGUUCAAUCACAAGGAAUAUGAGGCUUGCAUUCCACAUUAUGAGAAAUCAGUCGAGAUUAAUUCUAUUCAAGAGAGUGUUUGGCUCAGAUUAGGCUAUGCAGCUCUAAUGACUGAAAAUUGGGAGACGUCAGCACGGGCGUACCGUCGGUAUACAUAUUUGCAACCAAACACAUUCGAGGCCUGGAACAACUUGGCCAAAGUGUACGUCAAACAAGGGGACAAGAAUCGUGCUUAUAAGGCUCUGAUGGAGGCACUCAGAUUCAAUUAUGAUAAUUGGAAGCUAUGGGAAAAUGUUAUACUGGUUAGCAUCGACACCGGUCACUUCGAAGACGUGAUACGCGGGUGUCACCGCGUGCUCGACCUCCAGCAUAAAUAUGAAGAUAUUGAUGUGCUGUCGCUUCUUGUUCGUGCCAUCGUGCAAGAUAAUAAGGACGCUGAUGGCAAUAGCGCUGGCAGAUUAAGAAAGCGAGUCCUUGAACUAUUUGGUCGAAUCACGUCAAUACAUCAGAAUAAGCCUGAGAUAUGGCAGCUGUAUUCAGAUUUAAGUCCAACAUACUUGUUGAAAGCUCAACGUCUGCUCAAGGCUUACAGAGGAUUUAUACAGAAUGACUGGACAAAUAACCCUGAAACCUGCAAAAAAGCUGUACUAUUGUCUCAAUCGCUUCUUGACUAUAGUAUAAAGGCUAGGAAAGAAACGGAAGAUAAAGAAAAACUUCAAUGUGAUCAACAGCUAUCGUCAGCCAGAUUAACCGCGCAAGGAGUCAUACGAGCCGUCGAAAAACAAGACUGGCCGGAAACAAAAACAGCUCUAGAGGAAUUAAAAGACCUGUUUACAGAAGUUACAGAAUAUAUGAAAUCAAUUAUGUAA